UCAAGUCAACCACACAAUACAGCUUUUUGAGUCUGAAAACAUUUUGAACUCCUACGUACCGUUAAAACUAAAGUACCAGAAUCCAUUACAAAAAUGUUGGACGUCGCGUCGAAACAUGUUUAAAUUCAAAUUUAAUUUGAUGUCAAAAUUCGUGAAGAUUAAGUUUCUGCAUUGUUUUUUGAUCAUCUUGGUGAUAUCUGUUGAUACUCUGGAGUUUCAUGUUCGUGGUUCAGGUCCUCUGGUUGUUCCUCUGGGAGGUUCAGUGGUUCUGCCCUGCUAUGUUGAAACACCUUUAGUAAUGGAGAGGGUGAAGGUGGAAUGGACAAGAACAGAUUCAGAGACUCUGGUUCAUCUGUUUCUGAAUGGAGAUAUUAGACCAGAGGAUCAACAUCAGGAUUAUCAUGAUAGAGCUCAUUUCUUCACUGAAGACAUUAAACAUGGAAACUUCUCCCUACUGUUGAAGAAUGUAAGAGAAGAAGAUAAAGGGAUUUACAGAUGUAAAGUUUACAGUAACAAGGGUGCUGACAAAACUUUGGUUGAAAUAAAAGAUGUUGGUAAGUAUGGUUGA